AUGGGAGGGUGCGGGUCUGAUGGGUCCUCGAUCGACGCUAGCUUGACCGAGCAGGAAGCGGCGCUUCGGCAAAGGCUGGCUGCGCGUAGCGAGCGUGCGUUAGGUCAGGAUGAAGUGGGAGGUUCACAGGGUACGAAGCGGAAGCUGAGAGAGGAUGAUUCGGAUGAAAUGGAGGGGGAGGGCUCGGGCGGCGCAGUAAGAGGUGUGUCGCCGACGUCUAGGAGCGAAUCCCGAUCAGCGCCAGCACAGAGCACCACACCGGAACCGUAUCAAAGAGCACCGACAUGGUCGGCCUUGCGUCGUUCCAACCAUCCUCCCAUCGCACCAUCUCGUAGCAUCUACAGCUACGAGCGUCUCAAUCAAAUCCAGGAAGGUACCUACGGCGUCGUCUUCCGUGCACGACCGCGCGAACCUCUCUCACCUCCUGGACCCUCUUCAGUCGCGGUCAAGAAACUCAAACUACCACCCAGCUCUCUCCACUCUGGAUUCCCCAUCACCUCUCUCCGCGAGAUCUCCACCCUCUCCGCCUCCCGCGAUCACCCGCACAUCGUCACACUUCACGAAGUGUGCAUCGGCAACACCAUCGAUCAGAUCUUCCUUGUGCUGGAAUUCAUGGAGCACGACCUGAAAACCCUGCUCACCUCCAUGCACAGGUCCGCUGGAACCGGAUUCGCUCCGAGCGAGAUCAAGACGUUGAUGUUCCAGCUGUGCGAGGCGGUGGCGGGGCUGCAUGAUGGGUGGGUGGUGCAUAGGGAUUUGAAGAGCAGCAAUCUGUUGAUGGAUAAUCGGGGGAGGUUGAAAGUGGGAGAUUUCGGGUUGGCGAGGCGGUUCGGGGAUCCGAUUGAUGGGUGGCGUGGAGCGGGUGAAAGAGCAGAAGCGGGUGGACAGAAGAGACAGGAGGGGGAGGAGCUUGGGGAUGGGGGAAUGACCGAUCUCGUGUGUACACUCUGGUAUCGUGCACCCGAACUCCUCCACCUCAACCUCAUCCACCAAUCCCGCGAAUCUUCCCCUUCCACAAAACCACCUUCCACUUCCACCUCCUCUCAUCCUCUGUCCAAACUUCACUCCAAUGCAUCCACCACAGCACCACCACCACCACCUUCACUUCCACUCUACGACGAGAAAAUCGACAUGUGGAGCAUAGGCUGCAUCUUUGCCGAGCUCCUGCUCACCUCCACCGCCGGCGCCGGGCUAUUUCAAGGCAAAGACGAAGCCGACCAACUUCGAAAGAUCGAAAGCAUACUCGGCCGACCAAACACCACCAUCUGGCCCGACCUGCCUCUCUGGUCAGGCGUCCUCGCUGCUCAACCUCAACCCUCCAACCCCUCCAGCUCAGCCCUGCGUCGAGAAGAACAUCGCAUCAAACAAAACCUCACCUCCGCCUUUCACCCUACCAAACUCACACCGGCAACCCUCGACCUCCUCUUCCACCUGCUACAUUGGGAUCCCAAGCAGAGGAUUUCCGCAAAAGCUGCGCUGAAGCACGAGUACUUCACGAGGGAGAAACCAACAAUGGCUCAUCCCGAUAGCUUUGGUAGUUUUCCGAGCAGUGCUGCUGGUGAAAAGCAGGUCGAUACGCCGAGUGCGCCGGACAGACGUGGAUUGGGCGCGGGGCGGAAGGCGUCAGCGGCGGAAGUGAGGGCUGGGAAACAGUACAAGAUGGAGUUUGAUUUCACCGGAUGA